CCGCGAACAACAGUGGAAGACGAGAACAACAAUGAAGACCAACCGCGCUGUUGGUGGUGGUGGUGGUGGGAGAAGCAUGGGUGGCCUGCUGCUGCCAAUGACGGUGGCCGUCGCGGCUGCGGUGAUGGUGCUGAUGGCGACGCAGCCGACGCCAGCCCAUGCAGAAGACGACAUGACGUUCAUCUCGGAUCUACCAACCUGCACCGAUGCAAGAAAGAAGUUUGUGUACAUCAAGACCCACAAGACAGGGUCAAGCACCAUCGCCAACAUGUUCCAUCGAUUCGCCAACAAAUACGGAUUGCAUCUUGCUCUGCCCAAGGACAACACCUUCUAUGCCUGGCCGAUGCUGGACAAGUCGCGUAUCCUCAACUCCAUCUGGGACUACGACCAGUCCAAAACGUUUGACGGGCUUUGCAGCGCUCAUGUUCGGUAUGCGCCUGACGCUCUUGAUAAGCUCGUGCCCAACGCCGCAUAUGUGACGGUGCUGCGGUCGCCAGUCACACACGUCAAGUCGUCGUGGUCGUAUUGGGGGGUGGCAAACCACAUCCGAGCAAACGGUGGCCCCACGCUAACGUUGGACAAGUUCAUGGAGAAUCCGAACAAGUACUGGUCCGUCGCCAACAGGGGCGACCGCAUCCUCCUCCUCAACUCCCAGGCGUAUGACCUCGGGCUGUCGAAUGAGCCGUCCAAGUCUCAAGUCGAGAAUUUGAUCAAAACGCUCGAGAAGCGGUUCUUCGUCCUCAUCACAGACCACAUGGAUGAGAGCCUGGUGAUGAUGAAACGCAUGUUCUGCUGGGAGACGGAGGACAUUCUGUACAUCAGUCUGAAGAGUCAUUCGCACAGAAAACCGGACACGUCCGCCGCCACGAGGAUUCGCAACGAGCGCAUUGUCAAGAUGAACUGGGCAGACCAGAUGCUGUUCGACCACUUCAAUCAGACGCUGUUCAAGUUGAUUGAGGAGGAGACCGGCUUUGCAGAGGAGCUCGCGUACUUCAAGGAGCGGAAGAAGCGGCUGUCGGAGUACUGCCGUCGCUAUUCCGGAUACGAUGAGAUUGCUCAUCGUGUGCAGAUUGAGGAGAAGAAGCACAUUGGCGAGCAGGAUCGCAUGUGCCAUCUGGUGAUGAUGGACUCGCAGUCGUUCUCGAAGCAUUUCAAGUGGAAGGAGGGCGGAGACCCGAGCGUCAUCGAGUGCCUGACACAGGGCUACCCGCGCAAGACUGCCAUCCUCGCUCGCGUCGAUGGGGUGUCUGAUGGCGUGGUGGCAAACAUGCUGCUCAACACGGGCCUGGACCGCGACCUCGCACUCGCCAUCCCGCGGGACACGCCAGACCCAAGCAAAUCCGACAUCAGGCAGCAGUUUUUGACGCCAAAGACGCGCGGGGGAAAGAAGACAACACCCAUCAACAUCCUCGUCGGGAGGGAGGACGUGCCACUGCGGGUGUCUGCGGCGGGCCCGUUUGUUGACCGUCAGUCCAUCUCCAUUGCCGUCGUCCGCGAUCCGGCGCAGCGAUUCGUCGACCUCUGGGACGAACUGGACAUGGACACGCUGCUUGACGGCACCUCCAUGGAGGAUUACUUGAAGGACCCGAACGCUUUCAAGGGCAAGGUGCCCGAGGCUGCCCAGCUGCGCUUGCACAACGGAAUGGCUCGCUCUCUUGGUUACGAGGGGAAGUCCCUCGACGUCAGCGAGGCAGAGGGCCGGCGGGCUGCGAUGCGGAUUGCGAGCACGUUUUCGUUUGGUCUCGUGGCCGACCACUGGUUCGAGUCGAUGCUGUACAUGCGCCGGCUGCUGUGCUGGAGCCGGCGCGAUGUCGAGUACAUUGCACAUCCAAACAACCCCAACGUCCCAAAGGGCGUGACUGUGGAUGCACUGUAUCCCGAGCGGAAGAUCCCUGCUUCGCUGCGCACCCAAAUCCUGGCUGUCAACACCGUCGACGCCGCCCUCUACAAGCAAUUCAACACCACGCUCUGGCGCAAGCUGACGCGUGAGAUGCAGAUGCGGGACGAGGUGGAUGUGUUGAAGGCACACCUGCGGGCUUUGCUGGACACAUGCGAAUCCGUCAUCCUGAAGACCCCAUCAGAGAUUGCAGACCUCGCACAAAGCGGGUCUGGCAGUGAGCGCCGGUGUGCGCGGCUGCUGUCGCCCGUCGACAAGCUGUACAAGGUGGCGCAGAACAAGAAGCCUUCCAGAUGGGUGUAUGAGUGAGAGAUAGAGGUGUACCUGAGUUGGGUGGUGAGCUGGUUGGUUGGUUGGUUGGUUGUGUGGUUGUGUGGUUGUGUCAUCCCGAUGGAGGGUGGUUGUGGUCGGUAGCGGUGGCGGUGGCUUCGGGACGUCUCGAGCGAGACAAAAGUAAACGGUUACACACAGCA